GCCGUCGUAGCCCAGGGUCGUCGAGCCGAGGAACAGAAACGGCAUCAUCAAGUACAGCUUCCGCAGCUCGGGUUGCUUGUACCAGGGCCGCUCAUCUUCGCGUGGCUGGAAAGCGACAGCAUCGUUCUCGAGGUGCUCAAUCUCAAUAUCUUUCUUGUCCAUGGUGUAGUAGGCGAAGAUGAACGAGUUAGGAAGGUGAUGAUCACAAACGUCCCUCGUGGGAUAUAUAUAUGGGGACACUACAUAAUGGCAUUACUUCGGCCGACUGUGCCAUGGGGUGAAGAUCUGGGGAUGUCUGCUGCGGAGAAGGUCUGCACUAGAAUGAGACAGGCUAGCGUUGCUGCAUCAUUUUUCCGAAUCUCCAUCCGGGAAAGCAUGCUUCCUUCAUCACUCGAAGUCUGGAAUAAUAUCGGAUGAAAUGACUCGCCAACGCAACACAGCGGCAUGCGAUGCAUGUCGUGCCAGGAAGGUCAAAUGCGUCGUGCCUGAGGGACAAUCCCGCUGCUCUACCUGCUCUGAACUAGAUAUUCACUGCACAAAUGUUCAGCCGAGGAAAAAGCGUGGCCCAAAGAAUCGAUACGUGCAGGCCCUGCGAGAGGAGCUGGACAGGAGUGGCGCACUUGGCUUGGAAGACCUCGCACCACCUCCGAUCAUUCACCAGCUAAUUGCCGACUGGUUUGGCUGGAUUCACCCGGUCGCGCCGAUACUGCACCAAGAUCGGUUCAUGCUCCGACUGCAGGAGUAUCUGGCCAUACCCGACAGUGCUCCACCCUCGUUUCUGCUUCUGGUUGCGUCAUUCUGCGCGGCGACAGUGGCGAGUCUGCGCCGGAGACGGCAUCUCUACGGUAACGUAACGGUUGAGUCGUGUCUGGACUUUGCGGAGCGCCUCGGGGUGUGGAGCCCCAGCGCCGUAAUCACCGUCGAGCGCAGCGUUGCCAUGUACAACUUCGGCAGUGCGCUGCACCACGAGCACGGCAUAGACUCGCCGGAGUCGCAUCGGCUGAUCGCCGAGGCCGCGAUGAGCGUCAAGUUCCUGAUCCACCAGUCGAUGGACAGCGUGUGCUUUGCAGAUGCCGAGAUCCUGAAACGCUUGUACUGGCUUAUCUACGCCGGGCUCUGCACAAGCGACAUGUACGGGCGACAGCUGCUCUUCAUCCGCCAGGCGCACGACCAGACGAGCACGCUGAUGCCGUUGGAGAUAUCGGAUGUCCAGCUGGACGGCGUGUCGUCGCCUGGUCAUAUCGGCACUGAAAACUCGUACGUGCCAGGGCUGAACGCGCUCUCGCGGCUGUUCAUGGUCUGGCAAUCCAGCCAGGCUAUCCCGACACAGACCAUGGACAAUCUGCAAGCGCACAUCGAGCGCGUGCACCGCAUAGCCGACAACCUGCCGCCUGAGUUAAGCUGGAAGGGGAACCACGUCAGCAGCGACUUCGGCUUCAACGUGCAGACCGUCAAUCUGAAGAUCACGCAGCUCCACAUCCGAUCGAACUUGCUAGAGCUGAUGAACUCGAUCGCAAAGACAGAAGGGUUGUUGAUCACGCCACAUGCAAUUGUUGAAGAACGGCACCACGUAGUGGACGAGCUGCUCGACAUCCUCUACCACAUGCCCACGGAGGUGUUCGACGCGAAUGGCCACAGCGUUAUUCCCAAGAUCCGCGACAUCGGCAGCGCUCUUCUUGAUGAGUUGCGGACUGGGUCUCACGGGCGCACGUUGCAGGCGAGUGUGAAUCUGGACCGCCUACUGGCGAAAUUGCAAAAUCUAGAUCUACGUCCGGCGACUACGCCUUUC